UCCUGUUAAGCACGGGCGAAGCUUUAGCAAAGCUGCUUGCGGAGCUGCCUGCUCGCUCCUUGGGAUUUACCGUCGGGAAAAGGCUCGGCACGGCUCGGGAAGGGCCCCCACCCCCGCCGCCACCUCUCUUCUUCCUCGUCCUCUUCCAUCCUCUUCCUCCUCCCCAGCCUUCCUCCAUCCUUCUCCUCCCUAACCCUCCUCCAUCCUCCACCCCCGCGGGCGCUGCACGCCGAGCCUCAGCCCGCCCCCCCCUCCCCCCCCACCCCACUGGAUUUACUGGGUGGUGGUGGUGGUGUGUGUUUUGGGGGAGGGGGGAGAGAUCCGUUACCCCAGUUGCUGUCUGGUCCCAUGUGAACUGGAAGGCACGGCUAUGCUCCUGGGGAUACUGCGCUCAUCCAAACUAAGCCGUAGGUACUGGCCGCUACCAUGACUGAUGGCGAGAGCCGAGAGUCGCUGCCGCGCCCGGCCGGGGGCGAAGUGCGGGUGCCCAUCACCGCUGCUCCGCGCCGCCCGGCCGAGCACCCGUCACCGGAGGAUGCCACCGGUUCCGGCCCCUCCGGUUCUCCCUGCCGCGAUCCACCGCCCGACCUGGCCUCCGAGGAGGAGGAGCAGGUGCCUUACCCGGCGCUGGCACCCACCGCUUUCUUCUGCCUCAAGCAAACCACCCGCCCGCGCAGCUGGUGCCUCAGGCUGGUCUGUAACCCAUAUCCUUUCCCCGAAGGAUACUGCAACCCCCUCCCCCGCUAGGUUGGGAAACCCCGAAACCCCUCGACUCCGAAGUCUUCCCCAUGCCCAGAGUAUCCCGCCGGCGUUCAGCUUCUCCGGGGCUCUGCUUUCUUCAGCUCAUGGUGAUGCUACAAAGCCUCCGUGGUCCCCAGAGUGCCCCAACUCUGUGCUGUCCCAGUAUCCAAUUCUGGGGAGGGGGCUUUGUAAGAGUGAGACAAGCGGGGAGAGUCUCCCUGCUGUGCACAUCCCACUGAUCUCACUCAAGGGGCGCACACACCAAGGUCCCUUCGGCUCCGCCAGCAUCAUCCAACAAUCUGAUGUGGGGGCAAGAGGGACAUGGUGACAGAACGUGGUGCCCAGCGUGGCAUCACGAAGUGAUGGAGGAUGCUGAGUUGCAGUCCCCCCAAGAGAAACCCCUCAAAUUUCACUUCAGGGUGGGAAGAAGUGAAGUUUAAAGACAACCUCACGUUUAUUGUAGCCGUGGUGGGGAAUUUCAACCCGGUGCUGACCCUCUUGGUGUUUAUAUAAGAGCUGGGAGUCAAUGUGCGUGUUCUGGGCAUGGAAAAAUGGAGCGGCUUGGAGUUGGGCUGAGGAAAGCACAUGCCUUGCUCACCUCCACUCCCAAAAACCUCCCCUUUGCUUUUGUUCUUUUUGCAACUUGCAAGUAGGGGAAGGAAGAGGACAGUCCAGCCUCUAAACUUCCCUCUGUUCCCCUCAUCCCCUGUGUCCUUUAGCUGGUUUAUUAACAAAGGAGCAGUCCUGAUAUCCAGAAAACUGAAUUUUCCCUGGAAUGUUCGUGUGUCAGUGGAGAGUUGUUGGUCUGUCUUGAUGAUCUUCAACAAAAAAGUGAGCUCUGAGCUUUGCUCUGGCAGUUUCGGAAGCGCUGGGGUUGUGUGGAUAAUUAAUGCUUUUACCUCACCCUGAUACCUGCCUGCAGUUUGCUGCCCGUAUCCUGCCACUGCUAUUUAAAAGCAUUAUUUAUUCAUAUGGUUAUUAUUGAUCUGGCUUCAGUUAACCAAAGAAACCCAGGUGCAGCUGAGAUCUCUGUUUUCCUUCAGCAGCAGCACCAAGUGGAGUGUUGUCAUCAGGAAUUGCACAAUC